UCCCCUUCCUUUUCUCACUGUCUGUCUUCACUCUGAACAAAACAAACUCUGCAAAAUCUAAACCUCUCUGUUUCUUCUCUCUUUUCAAAAAAACCUGAAGAACAGAGUCUACUCCCACUCUCGCAUUGUCCCCAGAAUACUCUGUGUAUGAACUAGUGUUCUUGCUUCUUCUUCUUCAAUCAAAUCAAUGGGUAGAGAUGUUCUGGUUCUGUGUCUUCUCAUUCUCCUCUGUUCUGGAUUUGUAGCUUCAGCUCCUUCAGCUAACUCUCCAGCAAAGAUUUUAAGUGGGUUUAUAUCAAAUCACGGCUCUUCACUCAUGAAAUGGAUAUGGUCACUCAAAUCCACUUCCACCAAAACAACAAUUGCGACGAGAUCGAUGGUGAAAUUCGAGAAUGGGUAUACAGUAGAGACUGUGUUCGAUGGAAGCAAACUCGGUAUCGAACCUUAUUCUAUCGAGGUUUUGCCUAAUGGAGAGCUGCUUAUUCUUGAUUCUGAGAACAGUAACAUCUACAAGAUCUCAUCUUCUCUUUCUCUAUAUAGCAGGCCGAGACUUGUUACUGGCUCCCCUGAAGGAUACGCAGGUCAUGUUGAUGGGAGAUUACGUGACGCUAGGCUGAACCAUCCCAAGGGACUUACUGUUGAUGACAGAGGGAACAUAUAUGUGGCUGAUACAGUGAACAAUGCUAUAAGGAAGAUAAGUGAAGGAGGAGUUACAACAAUAGCUGGAGGCAAAACUGCUAGAAAUGGAGGACAUGUGGAUGGACCAAGCGAUGAAGCAAAGCUUUCCAAUGAUUUUGAUGUUGUUUAUGUUGGAAGCAGUUGUUCUCUCCUUGUUAUUGACCGUGGAAACAAAGCCAUUAGAGAGAUUCAGCUUCAUUUCGACGACUGUGCUUAUCAGUAUGGAAGCGGUUUUCCUCUUGGGAUUGCUGUUCUUGUAGCUGCAGGUUUCUUUGGUUACAUGCUGGCUCUGUUGCAGAGAAGAGUUGGCUCUAUUGUGUCUUCUGAUAACGAUCAAGACAUGUAUGAAGCAGAUCAUGAUCAAAAGCCUAUGAAACCAUCCAGACCAUCUCUGAUUCCAUCUGGAGACGAGCAGCAAGAGAAACAAGAAGACAGCUUCCUAAUAUCCCUUGGGAAUCUCGCUUCCAAUGCUUGGGUUUCUGUUAUGGAGAUCCUCAGAAUAAAGCAGCCAGCAGACACAAACUUUCAGCAGUACCAAACAAAGCAGUAUGCUGCAUUUAGCACAACAGCUCCAUGGCCACCGAUUCAAGAGAGCUUUGUGGUCAGAGACGAAGAUGAACCUCCUCCCGUUGAGCACAAAAACCAAACUCCAAGAAAAACUUAUGCUUUUAUGACUAAAGACGCAGAGAAAAUGCAGCAGCUGCGUCAGAGCCGUGCAUUCUACAGUAGCUGGGAAGCUGAGCUCCCAAAUCAGCAGCAGAAGCAGCAGCAUAGAAGGCAUUACUCGUCGAUCCCGCAUACGUACUAUGAGCAGAACAGCGAGCAGACUAAUGAGAUUGUCUUUGGGGCUGUCCAAGAACAGAGCAGCAAGCGUGCAGCUAAGCCUAAGGAGUCUGGGGAGCAGAUAAAUAACAGUAAUAAUAGUCAACAGAAUCUUCACUACAGAGCUCAUUCUGUUAGUUACCCAUAUGGAUACUAUCCGUAUACAUGAAAAAGUCUAGGGUUCUAUGAGUUUAUGGGAUUAUUGAAUAAGAUUUAGAUGGAGAUCAGUUACAAAUUUUGGGUAUAGGUGGUGUUUUUAAGAUUUAUAGUGAGGGAAUUGGGGGAUUUGGAGGACUUAGAUGCUCUUGUCUUGUAAGGAAGGUUGCAAACUUUUGAUUGUAUAAUAUUAAAAAGAUAUGAUCUUUGUGAGAAAAUGAUUCUGG